GCCUAGAAUCGUCCAUAGGUGUCCCAUGUGCCCCUUCCCUCUGGUGAUAUCCCACAAUGGCUUCUAAACCCGAAAAAAAGAUGGCAACAAAGGGCACAGCUUCGUCCUCCUCAACCCAGGCAAUUGACGGGAGCGGAUAUUCUUUUGUCAAGGUGUUGACGGCCUUUUUUUCUGUCUAAUCGUUCUGCUACUUGCAAAUUGAAAAUUAACCUAUAUAUUAUCAAGUGUCCGUUCUUCGGGGCUCAUCACUCAUCGCUCUUGGCAAGCCUGUAAAGGGUAAGGAGAAGCCUGUAAAUGGAGGUGGAUCGGAAGCACAAGUUCAAGCGGGAGGAGAAGCAGCCAUGGACAUGGAAGAGCAAGGAAGUGGCAGGGAAGGAAAAUUCCAGCUUUACAACUGACUCUCGAUCUCGUAAAGCUUCAAUAGGUAUAACUGUUGCCUUUUCAAAGAGAAACCUUAAUGUUUACGAGGUGCCGCCAUUAAAGCCUGAAACAGAAGCUUAUUCUAGUGUUCGCGGAAGGAAGACAUGGACACCUCUCACUCCUCUUAAACCUCAAAUGAUGGCUCCUGCCACAAAUCAGCGGCAGCAGGACGAUAUUAUUUGUCCAAAUCCACAGGAACUGCAACUGCAAUCCACACAAAUAGUGGAGGAGGUUUAUGCAAAUAGGAAGUCGCCGCUGCAUUCCACUGGUUUUGCAGCCCGGCGAGAAACUAAUUUCGUCAAAUACGAGCGCAGGGGGAAGAAAGAAAACCUAGUUGGAGAAUUGUGCAUCGAGAGAAGCCAUCAUGUCAAAUUUAAUUUCAAUCCUUCUUCUCCUUCUCAGGAAAAAAAUACAACCGACGACAAAAGCUCGGAAAUCGCGCUGAGAAAGAAAUUAAGGAACGCUCUUGGUUCGCUGAAGUCAUUGUCACCUGAAAAGCAACAACCACAAGCCGCUGCCCCUCAAAAUGAGCCCAAAUCUGACACUAUCGAGACUGAGUGGGAAGAAGCACAGCAAAUCGCAAAGCCUGUGAAGUCAAGAGUACAGCAAAGGGGAAAGAGAAAGCCGUCCCCUCCUCUGCAUGAGCACAUUUUUUCAUUCGAUCAGGAUGAAGUUGAAUGCGAGCGAAAACCUACGAAAUUAUCUCGUAUGUUUACAAAGACACACCCUAACACCAACGCAGGCUUGAAGCUGCUGCUUCAAACUUCUCCCGAGAAGAUAAUUCAACAGAGCUCCACAGAUACAGAAAUACAGAAUCACCGCUCUCCAAGCCCUGCAGCCACAGCCAUACGCUCUCCCGCGGAAAUAAAGACACACCCUGACACCAACGAAGGCUUGAAGCCCCCGCUUCAAACUUCUCCCAAGAAAAUAAUUCAAGAGAGCUCCACAGAUACAGAAAUACAGAAUCACCGCUCUCCAAGCCCUGCAGCCACAGCAAUACGCUCUCCCGCGGAAAUGCCUGCCACCACCACCUUCGCUGAAUCUCCCUCGGCAUGCCUCCUCGCCCGGCUUCGGCAGAGGAAAGGCCAUAUGCUGGUAUCCGAUGAGAAGGCAAGAGUGGAGCCACACAAGGAAGCAUCACCGUUAUUUAUUGCAAGAGAAGAUGUCAUUAGUCGGUCAUCUGCAAGAGCCUAUCGCAAUAGGGUAAUUGAGACAGAGACUAAGAUAUGCAGGCGGCGGCAAGUGAAAAGAAAAUCAAGGGAACAAUCCCCGCACAAAGAGUGUGCGCCCCAUGAUGAAGAUGGAAGUGAUGAUUCAAGCGAUCUCAUGGGGGUAGUAAAACACUUCGCAGGCAUACUGCAAAAGUUCAAGAAAAAACUCAAGAUGGAAGUAGACAGGAAUAAAACUCAAAUUCUAAACAGUGCCUCGCAUGAUAUAUACACUGAAGUCGACAGAAUUCGAUCCCAAAUCCAAUCUGAAAUAGCUAAAUAUACAAAUUUGUGCAAAGCAAAGCAUAGACAAUGGGAAGCCCAUCUACAAGAUGAGAAGGAGAAACUUGAACUAAUUCAUGAAAAGUUCAAUAAAGAUUUAGCCCAGCUUACCCAGUCUUGGCAAACUAUUUUCUCUCAGAUUGAGGGAGAAGAAAUUGAACUGAAAAGCAUUGCUGAAAGACAGAAAGUGUCACACAGGAAGCUUGUAUCUCAAAUGCAAGAAACAAUAGAGUCUCAGCUUGCUUAUGCUGAAGCCAAGAUUGCGGCUGUUCGCAAGGCUGCUGGAAACAAUAUGCAGGCACUUAAACGUGUGAUGGGACAGACAUUUUAGGCUCAGCUUCCCGCUUGCAGAAGACUAGAGUGAAUACUUUAAAAUGUCGGCGCCAAAAUAAUGUUUGUUACUUUGCAUCCAGUGUAGGGGGAAUGAAGUGGAGCCUCAUUCCUCCUCAACAGGCUCCAGGUUUUGUCUCAGAACUGCAGGACGGUGAACGUUACUUUCACAAAUGUUUUGGUUAAAAAUUACAUGUCAUGCCAAAUGUAAAUCUACUUUUACUAUAAACAUUUGAAUAAGAGUUUUUCAUUU